AUGUCCGAACCAACUGAGAAGAUCGCCGGCUCCACAGAGCCGGUGGUAGACUCCAAGCAGCCUGGUACUCCCGAUGCCCCCGAAAAGAAGAAACGGGAGUACAAGGACUUUGGUCACGAAGAGGAAGAGGUUACACACGCCAAAGUGGAUAUGUCCCAGAUCCAGCUUCGUGCUGAGGACUUGUAUGACAAGGAAAAGGUCGAUCUCGAGACCAUCGGUGUCGACGAUGUCUUCAAGCUUCUCCAGUGCGACGACCAAGGCUUGACUCCUGAAGAGGCCAUUCGCCGUCUCGAGCUGUUCGGUCCUAACAGGCUUGAAGCGGAAGAACAAAACCCUUUCCUGCAGUUCCUCGGUUUUAUGUGGAAUCCCUUGUCUUGGGUCAUGGAGGGUGCCGCUCUCGUUGCUAUCGCUCUGUCCAACGGCGAGCACAUGCCCCCUGACUGGGAGGACUUUGUCGGUAUCAUUCUACUUUUGCUCAUCAACUCGGCCAUCGGUUUCUACGAGGAGCGUAACGCUGGUAACGCCGUCAAGGCUCUCAUGGACUCGCUUGCGCCGAAAGCCAAGGUCAGGCGUGGCGGUACAUGGAGUGAAAUCGAGUCGUCCGACCUCGUCCCUGGUGAUAUGGUCUCGUUCAAGAUUGGUGACGUUGUCCCUGCGGACUGUCGUCUGACUGAAGCCAUCAACGUCUCCAUCGACCAAGCUGCGCUCACCGGCGAGUCUCUUCCUCAGAGCAAGAAGACGGGUGACCAAUGUUUCUCUGGUUCUACCUGUAAGCAGGGUGAGGCCGAGGGUGUUGUCAUCUCCACCGGUCCCAACACGUUCUUCGGUCGCGCUGCGUCGCUUGUCGGUCAAGAUGACGACUCCACUGGCCAUUUGCAGAAGGUCCUUGCCCAAAUCGGUACCUUCUGUCUUGUCUCCAUUGGUAUCUUCGUCAUUGCCGAGAUCUUCUGCUUGUACGCUGGCUUCCGCUACCAGUAUCGUCGUGGCCUCAACAACAUCCUGGUGCUCUUGAUCGGUGGUAUCCCCAUUGCCAUGCCCACCGUUCUGUCCGUCACGCUCGCCGUCGGUGCCCAGCAGCUCGCGAAGUACAAGGCCAUCGUCACUCGUAUCACUGCCAUCGAGGAGCUUGCCGCCGUCACCAUCUUGUGCUCUGACAAGACUGGUACGCUCACCACGAACAAGCUCACCAUUGAUCGCGAGACCGUUCGUACAUAUGGUCCCUUCACCUCAGAGGACGUCAUUCUUCUGGCUGCCUACUCAUCGCGUACCGAGAACCAGGAUGCCAUCGAUGCUUGUGUCGUCGGCGCCCUUGGCGACACCUCUCGUGCCCGCGCUGGCAUCAAGCUCCUCGACUUCAAGCCUUUCAACCCCGUCGACAAGCGCACGGAGAUCACCUACCUCGAGGAGUCUUCCGGCAAGCUCAAGCGUGUCACCAAGGGUAUGACCGGUAUCAUCAUCGAGCUCUGCACACGUAACAAGACGGACGAGAUCGAGAACCGCCUCGAGGCUGACGUCGAGGAGUUCGCCAUGCGUGGUCUUCGUGCUCUUGCAGUUGCGUUUGAGGAGGUUGAUGGCACCGACUAUGAGGCUGAGGGUAACGGCUUUGAGCUCAUUGGUCUUCUGCCCAUCUUCGACCCUCCUCGUGAGGACACCAAGCAGACCAUCGACGAUGCCCAAGCCCUCGGUGUUCGCGUCAAGAUGGUUACCGGUGAUCAGCUCGCCAUUGCGAAGGAGACCGGUCGUCGUCUCGGCCUCGGUGACCACAUGUACCCCGCCAAGGUUCUCAAGGACGGCCCCGCGCCCGGAGGCAAGCACGGUUCGCUUGACGAGAUGAUCCUCGACGCCGACGGCUUCGCUGGAGUCUUCCCCGAGCACAAGUACGAGAUUGUCAAGCGUCUCCAGGGUCUCGGCCACUUGGUUGCCAUGACUGGUGACGGUGCCAACGACGCGCCCGCGCUCUCGCGUGCCAACGUCGGUAUCGCCGUCGAGGGUGCUACCGAUGCUGCCCGUGGUGCCGCCGACAUCGUGCUCACGGAACCUGGUCUGUCGACGAUCGUGCACGCCAUCCGCGGUUCGCGUAUCAUCUUCCAGCGUAUGCGCAACUACUCCAUCUACGCGUGCGCCGUCACCAUCCGUAUCGUCGUCUGCUUCGCCAUCCUUGCCUUCGCGUUCAAGUUUGACUUCCCGCCUUUCAUGGUUCUGGUCAUCGCCCUGCUCAAUGACGGUACCAUCAUGACCCUCUCGGUUGACCGUGUGUUGCCUUCGGACACACCGGACAGCUGGGACCUUGCUGAGAUCUUCUCAUAUGCUGUCGCAUACGGUCUCUACCUCACGGCCUCUACGAUUGCCCUCGUCGCUAUCUGCAUCAAGACUGACUUCUUCUGGCGCAAGUUCGGCGUCGUGUUUGAAGGCGGCGCGACGAUGGCCACGAACCACAACGACCGCAUCUUGCACUCGAUCGUCUACCUCCAGGUUGCGAUCAUUUCGCAAGCACUGAUUUUCACCACGCGUUCUCACAGCUUCUUCUUCAUGGAGCGCCCCUCAGUCGCGCUCUUCUGUGCCUUCUGUAUCGCCCAGCUCAUCUCGACCAUCAUUGCUGUGUAUGGCAACUGGGGCUUCACGGACAUCCACGGCAUCUCUGGUGGCUGGGUCGGUAUUGUCUGGGUUUGGGACAUUGUCUGGUUCGUGCCCCUCGACUGGAUCAAGUUUGCGAUGAAGGCGACGGUCAUCAAGAAGCUGCGCUCGCGCCACAACGAGGCGGUCGCGCAGGCUGCCAAGGCCUCCGCCUCCGGCGUCCCCGCGACCCGCACGACCUCGCGCGUCGAGUCCCUGUAUGCGAACCGCACGUCGUUCCUCAGCCGCGCGGCACGCAAGGUUGGUCUCGGCCAGAAGAUCUCCGUCAACCCCGAGGAGCUGCAGCGCUUCAGCAGCAUCCAGGCACAGCGCGCCGGCCAGACGCUCGCGCGCAACCCCUCGCGUGCGGCUGCAUAG